UUUCAAAUACCUCUAACCCACUCUCUGUUCUAAUCGUUCUCCACUAUAUGAGCCUCAACUCAAACCAGGAGCUAAUUACAGCCUUCAGAAUUUCUUCGCAAUCUUAAUUUACUGGAGGCAAAGGAUUAAACAGAGUUCUAUUAAUCCGUUACCUGUUGUUGGUAUUGAAGAAGUAAUUCGACGUGAAGAGGAAAGAUCUGCUGAGAAGUAGAACAGAAAGAACAAGGAGACAAAAACAGGAACAAAAGAAGAGAAGAGAGCAGAGAAGGAUGAGAAGAUGUCGCAAGAGCUGAAGAACUCAACUUCUGUUGUGCUUCCUUGCAUUGAUAAGCUUCGUGACGAGUUGUCUUGUGCAUGCUUGCGGUCAGCAGUGGAUAAAUGUGGAAGGAAAUGCCCUAAAUGCAAGCAACUAAUAGGAAAUGGAAAGUAUUGUACGGUUAAUACGGUUCUUUGGUACACAAUCCAGCUUCUGUUCCCUAUAGAAGUUGAAGCACAGAGAGCUACUGCUUCUUCUAACUUUCUAACCAAGGAAACGCCGAGUCUUAGAAACUCUAAUCAGAGGAUGAGAAGCAGGAACAGAGAAACUACGUUGCAAGCUAGGUUGCAGAGAGAGGAUAUUUCGAGAUUACUUGUCUGAAGAGAGAAGCGAGAGGAGGAGAGGGACGGGUGUGAGGUUAGAUCAAGAUAGAGAUGCAGGGUUUGCGUUGCGGUUACAGCGGCUGUUUGGAGUUAGCGUAUGCGUUUGGAGUUACUGCGGCUGGGGCAACGUCUUCUUCAUCAUCAACGGCUGUUUCUCUGUCGAGAGCAAAAGCUAACCUUCGAGCUAUGGCGUCAAGAGCUGCUCGAAGGCAAUGAUAGUCUGAUGAGUGAUUGUGAUGGAGAUGGUGAUGAUGAUGAAUCAUUUUAUCAAUGACAUCGUGAAACUACAUUGUAUUCUUUUACGUUUUUUGCAACAACACAUUAUAAAACUCUUCAUUGUUGUCUCUUUAUGUUUUCUUGAAAUCUAUACUUCUUUGAGAAUAUUUUGGCAUGUAAAGAUCUCAAUAAUAUUAUUUGAAAAGACACUUUCUUAGGUGUCGCG